AUGAGAGACACGCUUUUUAAUGGUCUCGAUUGGGAUGCAAAGUCAUGUCUACUUCUCUUGGUAUAUGCACUAGGGACUAUCUCCGGUCCUCCUGAAAGCCAAUCCUCAUCUUCCUCCUUGGACGUCCGCCAAUCAGAGGAAUUCAAGAAGGCAGAGGCAUACUUUCUUGCAGCCAGAAAGCGGAUGGGUGUAUUACUUGGUGAGAGCGGUAUGAUUGAAGCACAAUGCUUCUUCCUUGCGGGUGUGUAUUUGAUGGCGACAUUGCGACCAUUUCAAGCUCGGCCGAUGUUUGUCCAGGCUCUAGUCUGCUGUGAAGGGUUCCACAUUCCGCUACCUCCAAGCGAUCCCCAUCACGAUGAGAACCAUACUCUGCAAGAAAGCAUAUAUUGGACAUGCUUUAAGUCGGAAUUAGAACUUCGAUUGGAACUGGGUCUUGGAAAUACCUGCUUGGACCUAACAUAUCCCGCCCUCUUCCCUUCCCCUCCCAAAGAUCUUGAAAGCCAGGGAGAGACCGUGUGGUAUUUCUAUCUAGCAGAGAUAGCUCUCCGCCGGUUAGGAAACCGAGUUUUAAAUUAUAUCUAUAAUUGCAAGCCGUUUGGAAAAUCGGCCGACGUAGAGACGAUUAGGGAGUUCGAAGGACAAGCACACGGGCUACUAAACUCGCUUCCAGCACCGCUAAAACCCGAUACGCCGGGCGAGGCAGCGCAUGAUGAAGAUCACGAACAGUCUGCUUUGCGUUUUAUCUUGAAUGGUCAUGCCAUCGACUGCUUCGAGAUGAUCUACUGGCCUUUUGUCUUCGACGCCAUUCACGAAGGUUUGUCUCACGACCCCGAGGUAGUGGACUUUGCGCGAAAAGGGCUACAUAUGUAUGCCUCUCGGAUUGAAAGUAACCAGCCUGGAUUUUACUAUCGUCACCAUGCUCGUCGGGGUCUUGACACCUUACUUCCCCAUUCCUGGAAGAAUGGCGUCGAACAGGUAAUGCAAAUGCUGAGAUACUGGAGCUCUGAAGCGAAUGAUAUCGCUAGUCAGUCAGAAAUACUCGAGUGCCUGAUGAGAGACCUUGCAGAUGGCUGA